GCCUUCCACUCACGGGAAAGUACCUGUCAUAUAUAAUGUCUGCCCUCUGUAUAGCAGGUACCUAUAUAGCAGGUACUACUUGCUUACAUAUAUAGAUCUUGAACGAAGCGUCUUAGAUAAUAAUUCUACCAACCCUCAUUUCCACCUACACCUAAAACUCCUAGUAUCACCUAAAAGAUUUCCGAUUCAAAAGUGCAAAAGUGCAUCUAGUAUCUGAUCGCAAUCCUAGAUAUUCUAAUAGUCCCAUCAUUCUCAUUCAGAUACAUGGCAGAAGAAAGCCAAUCCCAACCACAACAGCCUUCAGUAGCAGCCGCCGACGAGCACUGCGACAGCCACAAGCGCAAAGCCUGGAACAUCAAGAACGAAAACUGCCUACGAGCCAAGCUCGACUGGCAUCGGUAGUGCCCGUUCCAGAACCGGCCUACGCUGAGAUGGAUAUUUCUCAUCUCGCUCGUCGUAAUCGUCGUCGGCGUACUGAUUACCGGCGUCGUCUUCACCGUCUACUACGACGCCAUGUACUACUCGAGCGGCGCCUUCCUGCUGAAAGACAAGGCCAAGUCUACCGACGGCCAGCCCAAGGGCCCAGACACCCCGCCUGUCGUCCCAAGAGGCGUGAGUGUCAAUGCGUGCGGUGAGAAGAGGGAUAGCUGCGAGGCUUAUGAUCAACCUAAUAUAUGCUGCCCCGUCGGAAUGAUCUGCUACUCGAGCAACUUCUCACCGUCGGGCGUCUACUGCUGCUCGGGCGAAUAUCAAUGCCUUGCCAGCGAAGUCCAGCCACCGCGUUGCGACGGACGGAUGAGCCCUUGCAACAAGAGCAUCGGGGGCGGCUGCUGCGCGCCGAACACCGAGUGUACUAAAGACGGGUGUCUGAAGGUAUACCGUGCGGAGCCGGGGCUCGCGACCAACGUUUUAAGCGGCCCGCCUACGACUAUCACGAGAACUACUACUGUCUUGGGAGUAGGGACGGGAGUCGGCGGGGUCACGGUCACGACGGUCAAGAUAGCAGAAACGGGGCAGAGCGGUGGGCUAAAGGGGAUUAAGCCCGCAUUUGGCUUUUCUAGCUACCCGUUGUUGGAGAUGUUUGUCUUUGGGUUCGCUCUUGUGUUGUCAUAUGUGAUGGUUUUAAGGGGUGGUUAAAACUGUUCGCUUGAGGACCAGGGGUUGAGCCUUGGCCAUUAUACCGUGGGGGGCCUUUGGAGUGACGAAAAGGGGGUAGUUGUGCAGCACAUUCUCAAAUUGUAUCGCAUUCACGGUAUGCAUAGCAAUACCAUGCUUUCCUCACAAUUUAGUUAGUUAGUACAUGUAUAUUUUAAAAUGUAACUCUUUUACUUCC